AUGUCGAGUAAUGAAUUUGUGCGAUGGAAUCAGCACCUACAGACGCCUGUGCUUUUCAAUCACCAUGAAGCAUACGAGGUCAACUCCACAACUAUCCAACGAGUUGAUCUCAACUCAGUCUAUUCUACUUCACGCGCCCUCAGCAAUCAGGAAAGGGUUUUAAUCCUGACUCCCCUUCGAGACGCUGCUCCCUACCUUGUGAAGUAUUUCGAUCUGCUUACCGAUUUGACCUACCCUCACGAUCUGAUCGACCUCGCAUUCCUGGUCGGCGACUCGACCGAUGAUACUCUUGCUGUACUUGCCUCUGAACUCAACAGGAUACAGCAGCAUCCAGAUUCCAAUGUCCCCUUCCACAGCGCUACUAUAGUAGAGAAGAACUUUGGAGAUGGUGGUUUCUCGCAAGAUGUGGAAUCUCGACAUGGUUUCAAGGCACAAGGUCCACGAAGAAAGCUCAUGGGCAAGGCAAGGAACUAUCUUUUAUCCGCUUCUCUCAAACCUGAGCAUUCUUGGGUCUACUGGCGAGAUGUCGACAUAGUGGACAGCCCUAAGAAGAUCAUCGAGGAUUUUGUAGCACAUGAUAAGGAUAUCCUCGUGCCGAAUAUCUGGUUCCAUAGAUACCGUGACGGCGUCGACAUUGAAGGCCGCUUCGAUUACAAUUCCUGGGUCGAGUCAGAUAAAGGUCGCAGGCUGACAGCCUCCCUGGACAGAGACGUAGUCCUUGCGGAAGGAUACAAAGAAUACGACACCGGCAGGGACUACAUGGCUCGAAAAGGUGACUGGAGAAACAACAAGGACGAAGAGCUUAACCUUGACGGUAUUGGUGGUGUUAACAUUCUAGUCAAGGCCGAUGUUCAUCGAUCAGGAAUCAAUUUCCCGUGCUAUGCUUUCGAAAAUCAGGCAGAGACAGAAGGCUUUGCGAAGAUGGCCAAAAGAGCAGGAUAUCAAGUCGUGGGUCUACCAAACUAUGUCGUCUGGCACAUCGAUACGGAAGAGAAACCUGGCAACGCUGCAUAA